UACCGAGGAAUGUAUAGGAGUAUAUAACAAUGAAUGACCGAUUGGAUAAAAUGGAAAACGUUCAAAUUAAAAAUAUUGCUGAAUUGAGAACUGAAGAAUUUGACGAUUCAUCUGGCGAUGAAAUCAUGACUAAUCAAAUUGUGGAUGAAAAGUUGUUAAAAUUGAAUGAUAAAUCAUCAAUGGAAGAAAUAGAUGAAGUUUUGAAAGAUUAUUCUUCGUUUGAUGAAAACUGCGUUCAAAAUGGUGCGACGCAUGACAGCGAAGUAAUUUGUAAAACCAUAGAUGAAACUGGAAAUGGCAAUCCGAGUUUUGAUGAAAUUAACCUCAAUGAAAGCGAUAUAAUGAUAAACAAAGAAAAUGAUACACAAAAUAAUUCGGAAAAUGCACAAAAAUUGGUACAAAAAGAAGCAAUUGCAUCAUAUUCACCUCUAAAUUCAAACAUUUUGUCUGAAAAUAAUGACGAAGACAUAAAACCGAACCAAGAUAUUUCUAAUCUGACCACUGAAGCAGAAUCUCCAUUUGAACCAGAUUCGCAAUUGAAAAAUCACGAAAAUGGGUCUCCUGAACAAUCAGACAAAAAUGACGCCAGUUCUGAGACAUCGAGUGUUAAGACUGAUACAGACAGCGUUGAAUCGACCAAUGAAAUCUCAAUUCUAACUUUACCGAAUGAAGAAUCUUUUGAUUUGAAUGAUCCUAAAAUGCAUACCAAAAUUAUAAAAUCUUGUCGAAAGUAUUUCAAAUCAAUUAAUGACUUGAAAGAAUCCGUAACCAAACGAGACAAUGAAAUUUCAAACAGAGAUUCAAGGAUUUCUAAAAUGAAUAGCCACAUAAAAGAUCUCCAAGAAAAGGAUGCAAGUCUAAACACAAAAUUUCAAGGGUUACUUCAGCAGUUAGAGAAAAGCAGAGAACAAUUGAAAUCUCAUGAUACAGCUGCCAGGAAUGCAAUAGAAAGGUUGCGUCGUGAGAGUGAUGAACAAAUAAAGGGUUUGAAGGCAAAAUGUUUGGCCAUGCAGAAAGAAAAAGAAUCCGCUGUCAUGAACUAUGCUCGGAGAGAAAAAGAGCUACUCGAUGCGAAACGUAUCGCAGAAGCCACAGAUAAACGUGCGAAAGAAGCCGUACGAGAGAAAGAAAAAACAAUCGUACAAAUGAAAGGCAUGAAAAUGGAUUUAGUUAAAAUGAAAGGAGCGAUGGAACGUCUUGAUUCUGGCAACAGUCAAAUAAAAAAAGAAACAGAGAAAUGGAAGGAAGAAGCAAACUCUCAUGUCAUAAAAGUGAAGUGGGCACAAAAUAAACUCAAGAGUGAAACUGAUCAACACAAUGAAACAAAGGAAAAACUGGCAAAAGCUUUAAUUGAAAUAAAACGUGCAAAAGAGGAAGCUGAACAAAUAAGAAAGAAUUGUCAGGGAAUGAUAAAAACAUAUCAAGAAUCAGAGGAAAUGAAAUCAAACUCGCUUGAUUCAAAACUAAAGGAAAAGGAAAUGUUACUUAGUCAACAGGAAGCAAAAAGUGGGGAAUUGGAAGGGAUUCAUAAACAACAAAUGGAUGAGUUGAGAAAACUCAAACAACAACAUAAAGAUGUUAUGGAGAAAAAUAUUGUCAUGCAAACUCGUGUGGAUUGCUUGGAAAAGGAAAGGUUAAAAAAUGAAGAAACAUUAAAAAGUUAUGAAGAACUUCUCAAUCGUCAGAAAAAAGAGGCUUUAUUAAUGGGACAACAAUUAAAAGAUCUUCAGUCCGUUUCCACUCAACUUGAGGAAAAAGAAAAAGAAAUUUCCGACAUGAAAGAAACUCUGGAGAGAGAGCAGGAAAACAAGGAGAGCAUGAAAUCAAACGAAGAAAACUGGAAAACAAAAGAAGAAGAACUACUCGAGUUUACGUCGAGAGUGUCAUCGAAAAAUGCAGAACUCGCAUCCGAGAGUGAAAAUCUUUCUUCCAAAUUGAAAACUACCUCAGAUGAAUUAAUCGAAUCAAAAAAUUUAUUGUCAAGUUUAGAAAAUGAGUUGAAAAAUGUAAAAGCAAAACUUGAAGUACAAAAUCAGAAUGCCAAUGUCAUGACCUCCGACCUAACCAGGAAGUUGGAAGACAAGGAAGCCACUGUUAAUCAUUUAACUGUACAACUUGAUGAAUUUAAAGAUGAAAUUCGAACGUUGAAAAGAAAACAUAACUCAAGUAUAAAAGACUUAACGAGACAAUUGCAUCACGCGAGAAAAAAACUUGAACCAUACGAAUCUGGGUCUUUUGCUGGGGGUUCUGGCCCCACUACAGAAGACGGAAGCAUGGGGAGUCGAGCGAGUUCCGAUACGUCACUUGAUUGCGUCGGAAAAUCGAACACUGUCAAUAAUACAUCUCAUAAUAGCGCGAUAGAAUCCGCAAGUUUUUCAAGUCACUCAGCAAAUGGAACAGACGUCCCAGAAACCAUGGUUGCGACGAGUGGCGAGAUAAGUACUCAAACUUUGAUUGAAAGAAUUGUUCGAUUGCAAAGAAUUCAUGCAAGGAAGAAUGAAAAGAUUGAUUUCUUACAUGAUCAUGUGCAACAACUUGUAGAUGAACUACAGAAAAAGAAUAAAAUCAUACAACACUACAUUCUUCGUGAAGAGAGUGGCAUGUUGAUGCCACAAACCGAUAUGAGACAUGCCACUGCUCAUCCAGACCGUGGAGGGAAGAUCUCACACCAUCUUUCUGUAGAAAUCAACAAGAAAAUGCAAUCGGUUUUAGAAGAUACUCUAAUGAAAAAUAUAGCUUUGAAACAAAGCAUUGAUGCUUUAGGGAGUGAGAUAGCCAGGUUAUCUAAUUCUGGUAAAACUUAGUUUUUUUUGUAGAAAUGUAAGUUCAAAUUUAUUUAAUUCUGAAGCUUGACAUCCUAUUUUAUUAUAAUUUUAUUAGUAAAUUUAGUCUCAGUAGCUCUGAGCAGUUUAUUGUUCGUCCGCAACUUCGUUCAGGGAUGAGUUAGUUAUCUUUACUUCUGAGUGAGCGUGAGUGUGAGGAAAUUCUCUCAAAAAAGUAAACCAUGGAGUCUAGCUCUUUGCAUUUUAUGGUUGCCUGUAUUUUUGCUCAAAGAUGAGUUUGCUCUACUUCUGAGUGCGUGAGAGUGACCUUGCUCUUGAGGAAAUUCUCUCAAAAAAGUAAACCAUGAGGUCCAGCCUUUUGCAUUUUAUGGUUGUCUGUAAUUUUGCUUAGAGAUGAGCUUUCCUUACUUCUGAGUGAGUGUGAGUGACAUUGCUUUGAGCAAAUUUAAAAAAAAGUAAUCCAUUGAGUCAAAUCUCGUGACAUUUUUGUGGCCGCCUCUAAUUUGCUCAGAGAUUAGCCAUCUUUACUUCUGAGUGUGAGUGUCCUUGAUUUGAGAAUAUUGUCUCACCAAAGAGUAUGCCAUGGAGUCCAGAGAGAAGUCCAUUUUUAUUUCUGAGUGAGUUUGAGCAUUGAGGAAAUUCUCUCAAAAAGAGGACGCCAUGGCCUUAUAUAGCUAAUGUUCAAUGCAUAUAGCCUACUAGACUAGAAUUUUGGUCUUUUCUUGUUCUUGUUUUACAUACGGUAUAUAAAAUUACACAAUUCAAUUGAUUAGAUAAUUUUUUGAGAACGAAAACAAUCUAAACGUAAAUUGUGUCUAAAAUCGUACCCUCGUCACCUCAUCUUUUCCAAGUCCUAUUUGUAAACUUUUGAUCAAUAUAUGAUGCACAAACAAUCACCUUUUUCCUAUCUCUGUUAUUCCUUACAAGCGGCAUUUGUAAAAAAAAGUAUAUCAUAACACUUUUCUCAUUUACAAUGGUGCUAAAAGGCUUAUCAGAGCCACAAUCGCACCAUUUUUUUAAUCGAUACAAACUUAGCAAUAUAUUGACUGUAAAAUAAAAAUUUUGUUUUGUCAAUUUUACUACAUAAGUGAAAAAAGUUGUAUGCAAAUGGGGUGACCUAGUAGUUAAUAAGAUGGACUCAACCAUCCUGACAUUACAGGUAAAAAAAACGCAAACCCACUGAGUGUAUAAUGAAUCGGUUUCGUUCGACCAAUAGUAAGUAGCAUCCUACCUAGCUAUGGAUGCUUGUACAGGACCUUUUACAGGGUGAAAAGGAUAUAAAACAUGGCAUAAAAACGUUUUUUUUUUUGGCAAAAACCAAUAAACUUGUUUUUCAUUCCAACUUUUGCUUCAAUAUAUUACAGUAUUAUUACGCUAUAAAUUGAUGAGCCCUUUUUUGAGAUGACUUAAAUUGCUUAAUGGUUUGCCUCCGGGCCAAACUGAAAUAUUCUUAGUUAUUAUUAUUAUAUACAUAUUUCAGUCAAUAUAUUGUUUUUGCAACAAUACCAUUAUUUAAGUUUCUUUUAUCAAAAUAUUUAUUUCAUUUUUUACCUAUUAUUUAAAAGAAGAGGAAUCAUCUUUGGUUAGCCGUGCCGCAUAUACAGUUGUGGCUUGAUAGUAUGGAUUUUUGUUUGCAGAUGUAAGGCGUGUUUGUCUGAAAUUGUCCACUUUUUCAUUUUUCUGUCCUUACUUCAAGUUACUUUUAUUUGACAAAUACAGUUUUUAAAAUAUUUUGGCAAGAAAAUUGAUUCAAGUACUUGCCAUUAUUCUAACUGAUAAAGAUAGCCACAUCAAAAAUCAUUAUGAGGUGAUGGUAUGCGAUACAUUACAAGUUGUUUUAAUUCCCAGUCUCACAACAGCAUUUUGUGAUUUCAAUAAAUGUGUUUCAAGGCACUUUCCAUGAUCAAUUGUGCUGUUGUUAAUUUUUAGUUCAAUUCCGUUUUCACAUCUCUGGGGUUAGGAACGUAAAUUUGGGGAUUCUUCUAUAAAUUCUUCUUCUUUAUAUUUUAACUGUUUUUUAUUUUUAAUUUAGCAAAAUAUAUGCAAUCAUAUAUGUAUAGCCCAUCGUAUAUAUGUCGUCUGUUGGUGCUGCUUGUUUCUUAUUAUUACUUAUCUAUCACUGGAAAACAUGGCCAAUAUGUUGAUGAUGACAUUUAGUUUUAUGCACUCCAUAAGAAUUGAAUAGCUAGUUAGCUAAUAAUAAUGUCUGAAUUUCAGAGUUUCAAUUUCAGUUGACUUUUCCACAUUUUAACAAGUUUGAAAUGUUUGGGUUCUGUGAAACUGGAUUGUGUCUAAAUUUCACUCUGGAUGGCGGGAAUUGGACAUGUUUUAUGGAGCAUUGUAAUUGAGAUGGAAAAAUUUAUCCAGAACAGUGAUUCUCAAAACCUUUUUCCUUUGAUUAAUCUCAAGUCAUAAAAAAAUUUACCUGACUCUCCCACCUUGUUCCUUACAAAUAAUUUCAAAACUUGAGUUGCGGGAUUGGACAGGCACACGCAUACCUAAGAAUAGAAGUUCAAUUGCCAAGCCCAGGUGGUUGGCGAACCCCUACUUCGGAAACUCAGUCCUGAAGGCAUUACUCAAGAUCUUCAAUUUGAAUUUUUAAAAUGCCAACUGUGAAUAUUAGAUCAUCAAAGUUGACAGCAACAAAAUAUGUAUAUGUAAUUCUAACCCAUCAAUGUAACUGACUCAUAAAUAAGCGAUACUGGGAUAUAAUAUUUUCUUUAUCUGUUACUGUUAUAUAUAUAUCUUUGGUUUCAAGCAAUGAAUAUAAUUUGUGUUUAAGCGA